AUGGAUUCAACAACAUCUUCGUCAUUGCCAAUUGCGAGUAGAGAUGCCAAGGCUGUGGUGGGGACUAUUUCGGAUUUUGCUCCAUCGGUUACUGCUGGGUUCGCUAAGGAGGCUACCUUGCGCUUCCAAGUGGGGAAGUUCGCGGACUGUCUGAAAGUCUUGAAUGAGCUCUUGCGAUUAAAAAGAGAACGAUCCAAAGUUCCAGGAGGAAAGAAUAGGGAUAGGAAGAACAAACUGCUGGUCGUUCGAGAUAAUGGAAACUCCUUCAAGAUAAUUCCCUCGGGUGAAAGAGACGACCCAACUACUGUGAUAGAGAAGGAAGAGCAAAACAAAACAAGACAAGAUAUGGAGAAGCAUCUUAGGAAAUUAAGAGAUUUUAGCGUUUGA